GGGUUCGGGAAGAGAGAGAGGAACGGAGCGGGUGCGAAGCCCUCCAGGGUGUAUAUAAGAGAGGGUCACCUCAUCGCCCCCUAUCGUCGCGGCCUCGGGGGAUGGAUGUGGUUCUCGUCGUCUGCUCCCCGUAAUCUCUGCAAGAAACCCUAAAGUCUGGGUAGAAUUCUCGAGAGAGUGGGUCUGGAAAUGCGCACGCCGCCACUGGGGAACUCCGUGAUCUUGGGGAAGCUCUGAAACCUCUGUUUGAGAUAAUCUUGGCGGCGUUUUUCUCCAGGCUUCUGCUGGGUUGAUGGGCAAUGAUGAUAUCAAUGCAGACAAAGACAGCAAAGAAGAAGACACAAGCCCAACUUCAAUCACUCGAAAAAUUCUACUCAGAUGAGAAAUAUCCAAAGCAAAAGGCAAUGGAAGAGUAUGCUACAACCCUGAAUUUGACAUAUAACCAGAUCCGUACAUGGUUUGUUGAGAGGAGAAGGAAAGAGAAAAGGGAGAAUGAAGCUCUAAGUAACUCAAAAUCCAGUGAAUCUGUGGAACCAGAAUCAGAUCAAUCAAAUGACAGUGCAUUGUUUGCUGUUGUUAGGCAUGUUGGGCCAAAAGACGAACGCUCAGCACCAAUAAUGUGUAGGAAAGAUAUAUCAGGUCAAGAAGAACUAAAAGGCCCUGCUUCGCUGAUAUGUGACGAGCUACAGAAUCCAAAAAAAAAAACCUGGUUAAACAAGAGAUGCUCUGCAGAAUAUUCUACCAAUCAGCUUGUGAGACAUAAAGAUAGACACAGGAUUUCAGGACAGCAGAUGAAGAACUCUGUUGGUGGGAGAAUGCAUUGUGCAGAAAAGAAACAUCUUAUUCCCUCACCUGUUUUAUUUUCCAAGGACUAUGUUUUGAAAAAAGUGUUUCGCAAAGAUGGUCCUCCCCUUGGAGUAGAGUUUGAUCCUCCUCCUGCAAAUGCAUUUGGCUAUCGUACAGGUUCCCAAAUCCUUCAGUCUUGUCCUGACAGCCAAAAAAGCCUCAAAAGGAGAAAGGUCUGUGAGUCUCCUAUGGUAGACCCCAUAACUUCUCAUGAAAGAAAUGUUCCUGAAAGGAAGUAUGGUAUUGGAAAAGGUUUGAUGACAGUAUGGCAUGCAACAAAUUCAGGAAGUAGAAUGAUUCCAACCAGUAUUGAUUUUGUAGAUGGAAGUGCAUCCUGGAUGCCCUUCAAAUUGAAUGCUUCUUUAAAAGAAACAUCGUGUCAGGUUUCAAAAGGAACGCGGCAAAGAAAACUGAAGGAAAAUACAUCACGGAAAAAGAUAGAGGAGAAAAGCAAGCUUCCCUUGAGGAAAAGAAAGGUACCGUGUAGCAAGGAUGUGGUUCAGAAGAAACCUCAUCUGAUAGAAUGCAAGCUUUCACUUGAUGAGUCUUUAGAACAAUCGAAUAUGCCAACAGUAUUGGUUGAUGAUGAGGAGCUGGAACUCAGGGAGUUACAGGCUGGACCAAAUCCAUUGAGAUGUUCUGCCCAUCUUGCUUCAAGUGGGAGACAUGGCUGUCCACUUUGCAAAGACUUGUUGGCCAGGUUUCCUCCAGAAAGUGUGAAAAUGAAGCUGCCAUUUUGUACAAGACCAUGGGAUUCUUCACCAGAACUUGUCAAAAAACUGUUCAAGGUUUUGCGUUUCUUAUAUACUCAUUCUGUAACAAUUGAAGUAUGCCCCUUUACCCUCGAUGAGUUUGCUCAGGCAUUCCACGACAAGGACUCCUUGUUAUUAGGAAAAAUUCAUGUGGCUCUUCUCAAGCUGCUUCUGUUAGAUGUGGAGGGGGAGAUGACUUCUGGACUCAUUUGUCGGGCUUCCAAGGACUGCAGAUAUCUGGGGUUUCUGAACUUUGUCAGAGAACAGGAAUUUGAUGUGAAUUUCUGGAGUAGAUCUCUCAAUCCUCUUACAUGGACUGAAAUACUGCGACAAGUAUUGGUUGCAGCAGGUUAUGGUUCAAAGCAGAAUACAGUGAAGAGAGAAAUUUUUAACAAGGAGAGGAAUCGAAUGGCAAAAUAUGGCCUACAUCCCCGUACGCUAAAAGGAGAACUAUUUACAUUGUUAUCUAAGAAAGGAACUAGCGGUUUAAAAGUGUCUGAGUUGGCAAGAGCUUCUCAGAUUGUUGACCUUGACCUCCCCAGCACAACAGAGGAACUAGAGCAGCUGAUAGGCUCAACUCUUUCUAGUGACAUUACAUUGUUUGAAAAGAUCGGGCCUUCUGCAUAUCGUCUUCGUGUGGAUCCUCAUGUUAAAGGAAAAGAGGAACUGCCAUCAGAUACUGAGGAUUCAGGAAGUGUGGAUGAUGACUCUGUGGAUGCCAGUUCCAGCAGUGAUGAUUCUGAUGAUUCCGAGGAGAUGAAUUCUGCUAUACAUGAAAGGCAGAUUGUUAAGUACAAGGCUGGGCGAAGGAAAACAGGCCAAAAGAUAGCUAGAUGCACUGAGAUUGAUGAAAGUUGUUCAGGGGAAGCAUGGGUCGUAGGCUUGAUGGAGGGUGAAUAUUCAGAUCUAAGCAUUGAAGAGAAGUUGAAUGCUUUGGCAGCUCUGGUUGAUCUUGUUGGCGCUGGGUCUACUUUGAGAACUGAGGAACCAAUAAGAGCCAUAUCAUUCAUUCCCAGCAUAUGGUCUCAUGGAUCAGGUGCAAAAAUAAAGAAAUCAUCAACAAAUCAUUCUCUACUACCCCAAGCAUCGUGGGAGGGAGUUUCCCAUAAUGUAGAAGAAACACAUUCUUUACCAGUUUCUUGUCCAACUGAUUUUUCUGCUACCUUCUUAAAGACAUCUAAGAAGGGGCAGUCCUCUGUCAAUACAAAUGGAUAUCUGCCAGGUGGCCCCAGAACAAAGAACCCUGAGCCUACGGGAGAACCUGGUCAAGUUGUUCAUCCAUUACAGUCCAUAUUUUUAGGAUCUGAUCGUAGGUACAACAGCUAUUGGCUUUUUCUUGGCCCUUGUACUGCAGAUGAUCCAGGACAUCGAAGGGUCUAUUUUGAGUCUUCCGAAGAUGGUCAUUGGGAGGUGAUUGAUACAUCACAGGCUUUGCAUACGCUGCUCUCUGUGUUAGAUGGUAGAGGCACACGGGAGGCUCGCCUUUUUGCAUCUUUGGAGAAGAGGGAAACAUGUCUUUGUCAAGCAAUGGAUAAGUAUAUCACUGAUGAAAUUAGAAUCAGGCAAACAAGAAGAUCUGAUUCAUCUGACUUAGAUGGGAAUAGUGGAGAUGGAUCUUCACCUAUUUCAGAUGUUGACAAUAUUAUGAUUCCUACAGAAUCAACAGAUAAUCUAUUGUCUGCAUCUGGUGCCAUAAUUCUCGAAGUUGGGAGGAAAGGUCAAGAUAAGAAGCAAAAAUGGGAACGUCUGCAGGCAUUUGACAAAUGGAUAUGGGGCUCUUUCUAUUCCAGUCUUAAUGCUGUAAAAUACAGUAAACGAUCAUACAUGGAAUCUUUAGCACGCUGUGAGAGUUGCCAUGAUUUGUACUGGAGAGAUGAAAAACAUUGUAAAAUAUGUCACACUACCUUUGAGAUAGAUUUUGAUCUUGAAGAAAGAUAUGCCAUCCAUGUAGCAACAUGUAGGGAAAUAGAGGAUACCAGCGAGUAUCCAAAGCAUAAGGUUCUUCCUUCACAGUUGCAAGCACUUAAAGCAGCCAUUCAUGCACUUGAGGCAAGUAUGCCUGAGGCAGCAUUAGCUAAUACAUGGAUAAGUUCCGCGCACAAGCUCUGGGUCAAGCGGCUCCGACGCACAUCAUCUCUGGCAGAGCUUUUGCAGGUUCUUGUUGAUUUUGUUGGUGCCCUAAAUGAGGAGUGGUUGUAUGAAUGUGCUUCUGCCUUAGGUUCUAAUAUGGUUUUAGAUGAUAUCAUUGUAUAUUUUCAGACCAUGCCGCAAACAACAUCUGCAGUUGCACUUUGGAUGGUCAAAUUGGAUUCUUUGAUCGCUCCUUAUUUGGAAAGUGUUCAAUCUGAAAGAAGAUUAACAAGCAUGUCGCAGUUAAAACAAAGCCGGGCCUGUACGAGAUAGCUUGGAAUCAAUAAAGCUAUUUUUUAGCAUGCAUCCAAGUCAAGACCGUUAGGAUAAAGCUAAUGCCAGGGAUGACAUCCACAGGAUUGGAAGAUGUAUGGCCUGCAUAUCUCUCCUGAGCAUUUUGUUCGUGCUGAUGAUAAGAGAUGUUCUUCUACGGGUCUUUUGCUAUGGAUUUCUCAAUCCUCAACAGCAUAUAUUUGUAAUUUAUGUUGCCGCAGUUUUGAGCCAUACAUCACCAUACAGUGCCAAUUUUGACUGUCUUGAGAAUCAGGCAAGUCAGCUGGAUCAGCAACUGUUGAAAGUGAUUCAGCUGCCAAACAUGAUCGGCAUGGCCUGACAAGUUUUUGCGCUCAUGUACUUCUGAAGUAUAAGUUUCUCUAACAGCAAAGCAACAUUCAUGUUAAUAUUCAUCACUUGCAUCUGUAUGAAUGUCUUGCAAUUUUUUUUGUUUUUUAAUCUCUCUUCUAACGUCAACUCAGCACAUGAUCAAAAAAAAUUUAGUAACAACAGAAAUUUGGGGAGCUGUUUAGUUGUCUUUUGGCGGAGUAAACAAUUCUUACAUUUUCAUGUCAACAGAAAUUCAUAGCUAUCCGUAUUGCAUUAUUGUUGAUUGUUAUAAUAAUGGAGUCAGUUUCAUUCUGUAUCAUCAA